AUGACAAAACACCCGACAAUUCGCGCGAAAGCGAUCGAUUGUAAGCAGGGAGCCGUGCGGGCGGUACGAUUCAACGGUACUGAACAAUUUGAAGCGAGCAUAAUCAAAAUGAUCCAUUUUUCAGUGGACGGCAAUUACUGUGUGACGUGCGGCAGCGACAAAACGAUCAAAUUGUGGAAUCCGCUGAAAAGCAGUCUUCUGAAGACCUAUUCUGGCACGGGAAACGAAGUGCUCGACGCCGCCUCCUCUUCAGAUAAUGCACAGAUUGCGGCCGGCGGAGCCGACCGCGCGUGUACCGUAUUCGACGUGGAAACGGGCAAACAAUUGAGACGGUGGCGCACGCACGGAGGUAUAUACUCUGGAAAGUACGAGAUGUUUUUGUAAAACGAAUAUUUGCAGCUCAAGUGAACGCGGUGGCCUUCAACGAAGAGUCCUCUGUCGUAUUUUCGGGCUCAAUGGACUGCACAAUGCAGGCGUUCGACUGCAGGUCGCGCAGCGAAAAGCCCAUCCAAAUAUUCAAUGAGGCGACCGACGGAGUCAUUUCGAUCGAUGUGAACGGACAUGAAAUCGUGGCCGGAAGCGCCGACGGAAACUAUCGCGUUUACAGUGUCCGAGAUGGAAAUGUACGCACAUGAAGUUAAGAGAAACACUGAGAAUCCGGAAUUUCAGAUGACAAUAGACUACAUGGGCGACUCGGUGAACUCGGUGAGCUUCACGCCCGACGGCAACUGCAUCCUGGCCGGAGCGAUGGGCGGAACGGUGCGGUUGAUGGACAAGACGAGCGGAAAACUGCUGGCGAGCUAUAGAGGACAUCAGAACACGGAGUACAAGCUCGAGUGUAGAGUGCUCCAGUCGAUUGAACACGUGGCAAGCGGAUCGGAAGACGGACACGUUUACAUUUAUAAGUAUGUACUUGCUGGGCCUAGACUUCUGCUAUUUUCUGAUCGGACCCAAACUUUGAGUUCUUAGAAUUGAAGUAUCUUGGGACCAAGUUUCAGGCCGAUCGGAUAGUCUGGUCACUCUGAAACAGGCGCUAGAACGUAAUAUAACUUGAACGUUAAAUAACUGGUCGAAAUAGAACUUCAUAUUCCAGGACAUAAGUCUAGCUAGGUCGCCGUAUGGCCUAUAGGCGGACUACGAUUAGGUUAAUAACGAAUCGCCAGAGUCGUUACGUUUCUAUUUCGUAACGGUUCUUUUCCAUUCAAGUUCUAUUCCGUUGUAGCGUCUUAGAUCCCGAGAUAAUUUAAUCCAAGUCUUUAAAGUUUGGAUUAUUGCAAUUUACAAGCGUUUAAGAAGAAGACCGAAAUAAAAAUAAUCUCCUUUUCCAGCCUUCUCGACUCGAACAUAGUGACCAAACUGGAGCACCCAUCCCGUGUCGUGCACUCACUUUCGGCGCACCCGAAAAAAGAAAGAUUGUUGACGGCCGCCGGUCAAAUGAUUUACUUGUGGGUGGCGGAGGACGAUGUGGAAGUGCUCGGAGAGUGA